AUGUAUGAUAACAUUGAGGAAUUUCUUCAAAGUCACAAUAAUCUCUUGCCAAUUAGAUACUCUUAUUUUGCUAUUAAAAAGAUGACAAGAGGUUUUAAAGACAAAUUGGGUGAAGGAGGUUAUGGCCUUGUAUAUAAAGGAAAGCUUCGUAGCGGUCAAUUGGUGGCAAUAAAGAUAUUGGGUAAGUCUAAAGCUAAUGGACAAGAGUUUAUCAAUGAAGUAGCUACUAUUGGAAGAAUUUACCAUGUUAAUGUGGUGCGCCUUAUUGGAUUUUGUGCUGAGAGAUCGAAACGUGCUCUUAUAUACGAAUUCAUGCCUAAUGGUUCCCUUGAUAAAUAUGUAUUUUUACGAGGGGGUAGCUCCCCAAUAAAGAUUAAAAACAUGUAUGAAAUUUCCCUUGGAGUGGCUCGAGGCAUUGAAUAUCUUCAUCGAGGUUGUAACAUGCAAAUUGUGCAUUUUGAUAUCAAGCCGCACAAUAUUCUUCUUGAUGAAAGAUUCAUUCCAAAAAUUUCAGAUUUUGGACUUGCAAAGUUAUGUCCACCACAUAAUGAUGUUGUUUCUCUCACAGCAGCAAGAGGAACUUUUGGUUACAUGGCUCCAGAGUUAAUUAAUAAAAAUCUUGGAGGUGCAUCUCAUAAAGCAGAUGUAUAUAGUUUUGGGAUCUUAUUGAUGGAAAUGGUUGGAAGAAGAAAGACCUUACAUGCAUCUACUGAGCAUCUAAGCCAAAUUUACUUUCCUUUAUGGGCUUAUGACAAACUCAGUAAAGGAAAGGAUGUAGAAUUGGGAGAUGUAUCAGAUGAGGAAAAGAAAAUAGCAAAGAAGAUGGUUCUAAUAGCACUAUGGUGUACUCAAUUGGAACCUGUUCAUCGUCCUUCAAUGCAUGAAGUUAUAAAAAUGCUCGAAGGAGAGUUUGAAACCCUAGAAAUGCCUCCAAAGCCUUUACUUUCAGUGCAAAACAAGCAAAAAGAGGAUAUUGAAAUCGACAUAAAUCCAAUAAGGUCAACAAAUACACCAACAGGUAAUUGUAUGGAUUCUGCUAGUCUCAUUGCAAAUGCAUAUUAA